AUGGGACAUCCCAACUCACACACAAUCGUCCUCCCACCAUCAACACAUGCUCCAUCCCCUCGGUUCAACCGGUGUCCAAGGUGCAGCCCUUGGGAGACAAACCAACAACAACCGGGUUCAGCCACAUCACAGUCUCUGACACUGUUGGACAAUCAUCAGAGUAAUUCAUUGGAGAAGAAGAAGAACCACACCACACCUGGCUGCAUGCAAACUACUCUCGCCAGUUGGAUGAGCAGGUUGGGAAGCAAAAUGGCACUUCUCCUGAGCUUUCUCUGCACCUUGUGUCUGGUUGGGCAAGUUCUCAGCCAGGACAUGCCUUACGAGGAUUUUUUGGCCCAGAUUCAGGCCUGCCCUAAAGAGUGUCGCUGCCCCUCCAACUUCCCUCGUGCUGUCUACUGCGACAAUAAAGGCCUGAAGAGCGUCCCAAACAUCCCUCCUCACACAUGGUAUCUUUACCUGCAGAAUAAUCUAAUCGAAGUCCUGUCAGCAGAUGCCCUGCGUAACGCCACUCAGUUGCGCUGGCUGAAUCUAAACCACAACAAAAUCACCAGUGAGGGACUGGAAGCAGGUGUCCUAAGUGGAAUGGCUCACCUGGCGCACCUCUACAUGGAUGACAACCUCUUGUCCUCUGUGCCAUCUUCCUUGCCACCCACCCUGGAGCAUCUACGUCUUUCUCGUAAUCGCAUCUCUAAGAUCCCUGCUGGUGUCUUCAUUGGUCUAGAUAAACUCAACCUCUUGGACCUCCAGGGGAACAAGCUGAUGGAUGAUGCUGUGACUGAAGUGAGCCUGAAGGGACUGAACAAUUUGGUGCAGAUCAACCUAGCCAAGAACCAGCUGAGUAACAUGCCUCUCGGCUUACCACCCACCACUACCCAGCUUUACCUUGAUGGCAACAACAUUGAGAAGAUCCCAGCCGGCUACUUCAAAGGUUUACCAAAAGUGGCAUUUCUGAGGCUCAACCACAACAAGCUUGGCAGCAGCGGUGUUCCCAAAAAUGUGUUUAAUGUCUCCAGCAUUUUGGACUUGCAGCUGUCCCACAACCAGCUGACCGAGGUUCCCCUCAUCCCUUCAGGCCUUGAACAACUUCACCUCGACCACAACAAUAUCAAAACUGUAAGUGGCUCCAAUGUCUGUCCUGUUGCCGUCGAAUCCGUGGACGACUCCGUCAACGACAGCGUUCCUCGACUGCGCUACCUCAGAUUGGACGGCAACGAUAUUAAGCCACCAAUUCCCAGGGAUGUCAUUCUGUGCUUCCGUCUCCUGAGAUCCAUUGUCAUAUAAAAAAUAGAAACAUCAUCAGCAUGUUGAAGACGAAU